AUUUAGGAAUGCAAUAAAGUGAGUCUCGUCUGAUCCAGCUGAUGAGUCCCAAAUAAGGCGAAAUGCGCGUCAUGGAUUAUUCUGUUAGUCAACAUCCAUCUCUGCUUAUAAAGGUCAACAAUUCAUCAAUUUUUUCAAGAAAAUAAUCAUAACUUUUUUACAAAAAAGAAAAAAGAAAACACCAUGAAACAUAAACGUAGACAAAUUAGUACCGAAUCAAAUCAAUGUCAAUCUGAUGUUACAAAUGGUUUAUUAUUACCUGUGAAUGAGAUCAUUGAAAUCCCAAUUGAAACUAUAUUAACACCAACGCCACCACCAACACCACCGCCACCACCACCACCAACAACUACGACCCCAACUGUAACCAUCAACACAAUACAGAGUUGUACUGAGAAAUAUAAACUAAUAUUUAGUAGAAUAUUAGAUUGUAAAUUAUUUCACAUGAUUAUUGUUGGAUUAUGCGCAUUAGAUGGAAUACUUGUUAUAUGUAUGCUUCUAUUAGAAAUUGAAUCAUUAAAAUUAAAGCCAUGCCCAUUACGUUAUCGUCUUAAUUUCACUUCAUUUAUAUUUGAAUGUAUUAGUUAUACAAUCAUUUUAUUAUUUCUUAUUGAAAUUCCAAUUAAAUUAUGGACAUUUGGUUAUCAAUUUUAUCAAUAUCAAUGGAUUGAAUUAUUAGAUGUAUUCGUAUGUAUAAUUAGUUUUACAGUAGAUACAUAUAAUAUCCAUCGACAUAUUAUAGAAACUAAAAUGAAUAUAACUAUGAAUGAAUAUUCAAUAGAUGAUAAUCUAGAACAAACAUUGCAUACAACAAUUGCUGAUGCUGCUGGUUUAUUAGUAUUAUUUCGUCUAUGGCGUGUAAUACGUAUUGUGAAUUCCAUCAUUGUUUCUGUUACUGCUACACAUGAAAGAAAUAUGAAAUCAUUAAAAGAAGCUCAUCAAAUUUCAUUGAAACGUAUUUAUGAAUUGGAACAAUUACUUCAAGAUAAUAAUAUAUCAAUACCUUCAUUAACACCAAAUAGUCAAUCUAUAUUAGCAAAAAUAUUUUAAACUUCAAUUGAAUUUAUCAUAAAAUAAUUUAUCAAACUAAAAUUUUAUCAUGAUUUCCAAAUUUUCGCGAUAAAAAAAUACUUUCCACUAUAUUUAUAUUACUUAUUAUCAUAAUUAAGUAGUAUGAAUUAUAUGUGAUAUUUUACAAUGAAUUAUGUGUUGUCUUUUAUAGCUUCAUUGUUUUGACUUCUUUAUUUACCAUUUUAAUUAGAAUUCCAUAUUUCUUCCUUCUAAUAUCUUUAGAUAUACAUAAAUAUUAAUGCAUAGUAACAGAAAUACAUUUGCUUGAUAUAAGUUCAUUAUAGUAUUCAGUCUUUUAAAUCUGUUCUCAUUAUUAUUGUGAACAAAUUCAACUAGAUUAUUAUAAUGACUGAUUGAUUUCGUCAUAUAGAUAGAUGUUCAAUGAUUAUGAUGGUCAUUUUUUAGAAUACAACGACGAUUUCCUUUCUCUCUUGACAUUAGAAAAAAGAAAAGACAUUUCAACAGAGUUGUAUUUCAUGUUAUUUUAUUCUCCGUUUACUUGAUUGAUUUUACUGUAACAGUGAUGUAAUUUCGGCAUGGAAUCAAGUUAAAAUAUGGUUUGCAAGUGAUAGUUUACUUGAAUAAAUUGUUGUAUUUCAGGGUUAUUGAAACAUAAUUAUAACUUAUAUGAUAAUCAAAAAACUGUACUUUCUGUGUAACUGAAAACAGUCAGUCAGUCAGUAACAACUUAG